CGCCCCUCCGCGCUCAGAGCCCGGAUGAAAAGUAACGCCAUUGCCGCCGGAGCCUCCGAGGGCGUUUGUUGGUGGUGACGGGACCCUGGGCUUGUUCGCCAUGAAAGUCCUCCCCCGCCUGCUUCUGCUUCUCUUGCUAGUGUUCCCCGCCACCCUCUUGCUCCGAGGUGGCUCUGGAGGCUCAUUAGCAGUGGCUCAAGAUCUUACAGAAGAUGAAGAAACAGUGGAAGAUUCAAUAAUUGAAGAUGAAGAUGAUGAAGCAGAGGUGGAAGAAGAUGAACCCACAGAUUUAGCUGAAGAUAAAGAGGAAGAAGAUGUAUCAGGUGAACCUGAAGCUUCACCGAGUGCAGAUACAACUAUCCUAUUUGUGAAAGGAGAAGAUUUCCCAGCAAAUAACAUUGUGAAGUUCCUGGUAGGCUUUACAAACAAGGGUACAGAAGAUUUUAUUGUCGAAUCCCUAGAUGCCUCAUUCCGUUAUCCUCAGGACUACCAGUUUUAUAUCCAGAAUUUCACAGCUCUUCCUCUGAACACGGUGGUGCCACCCCAGAGGCAGGCAACUUUUGAGUACUCCUUCAUUCCCGCAGAGCCCAUGGGUGGACGACCCUUUGGUUUAGUCAUCAAUCUGAACUACAAAGAUUUGAAUGGAAAUGUAUUCCAAGAUGCUGUCUUCAAUCAAACAGUUACAAUUAUUGAAAGAGAGGAUGGGUUAGAUGGAGAAACAAUCUUCAUGUACAUGUUCCUGGCUGGUCUUGGGCUCUUGGUGGUGGUUGGCCUUCAUCAGCUCCUGGAAUCUAGGAAGCGCAAGAGACCAAUACAGAAGGUAGAGAUGGGUACAUCAAGUCAGAAUGAUGUUGACAUGAGUUGGAUUCCUCAGGAAACUUUGAAUCAGAUCAAUAAAACUUCACCAAGAAGGUUGCCCAGGAAACGGGCACAGAAGAGAUCAGUGGGAUCUGAUGAGUAAAUGUUCCUUUGUGCAACAAUUCAGUCUUUACUUAACCUGCUCUAAUGUUUUUCGGCCUGAUGGGAAUUAGUGCAGAGAAGCCAUACCACCAUAGAAGGCAACUACUACUUAUGUGUGGACUGAGCAAUCAGAGUCUGUGGCGAUAAUAUUGCUGAAAAUGCACUGCAUUCAUUUUUCUAAAGUAACAAAUUUGGUUUUUUUUAAACCAUUAAAAUCAAUGUGUGUGCGUGUGUAUGUAUGUGAGCAGUUGGUCUUACCGAGUCAUUGCUGAACUCCCUGAAGCGUGCCUUUAGAAUGCUGAGUAAAUGCCAUUGUCUCUUCCUUUUUGAUAUUUGCUGAUAUUUCCCUCCAAAACUCAAUGAGUAUUUGUCCAAUAGGAUUGUAGAUGUCCAUUUUCAGACUGUUUUAAAGAAAAUAGUCUUUCUUUGGAUGGCUCAAAUCACAUUUGAUAGCACAAAUUAACAUUUUGUUGUUUUGUUGCUAUUUUACAAAUAGUAUUCUAAAGGCACAAGCAGGAGUAGCCACUUUUUAGCAAUAGAAUUGUUUUGGUAUUUUGCUGCUGUUUACUAUAAUGCCGCACCUUCAGAAAUCUUCCCAAAUGAGUUCAAGGAAUUUGGGGAAUCCUAGCAAUGAAAUUGUGAAACAUAAAGAUUCUGCUGAUUUUGAUAUGUAAAACCAGCCCCACCCUCUUUUUUAACAAGAAGAAAAUGGUACAUGUGGAAACCGGAGUAGUUGUGUUGUCUAUUACUCUAUCCUGAUCUAAGGGGUAGUUCUUGAAUUUACUUUAGACCUGCUUAGGUGUUUUGCCUUUUGAAGACAUCAUUCUCCUCUCCUUUACAGAAGCAUCUUAAGGAAAGUUGCAUUGGUCUACAGACUAAGCAGAAGGCCAACUUACAGAGGCAGCGAUGUAUUCCAACUAAUACUAAUCUUUUUUUUUUUAAGGCUGAUAUUUUUUAAAUGGUUAACCCAUUUUUUAAAUCUAAUGUUUAGGUAUUUUGGUUGUUGAUAAAACCAUUUUUUAGCUAACCUGAAGAAUUCCAAAGUUUAAAGCACAUAAAAUCUUAGAACCAAACUAAAAUGGACCCCAUACAAUCCUCUUAGAGUUACUCUUGCCCUGGGUCAUAAACGAAGUUUGGCGUCACUGUCAGACUGGAUGAAGAACAAAGCAAAAUAGUGUGAACAAGUAGAGGCUUUUCUCCUCUGUCUUUAAGCCAUAUUCUCCCACACAUAUUUUAUAGGGAAAUGGUAAAUGGUAUUUACCACACAAAAACAACAGCAAAACAAAAUGUCUUUCCAAGAUGUUUAAGUAUUUAAAUGUCUGAGCCAAAGCCAAUGACAGUGGAAGUCAUUUGUAGUCAAUCACUUUGCAAGUGGGAGCUAAGUGUCAAAUUACCUAUAUUGGCAUUGUUAUAAACUAUACCUGUAAUAUAAAGUGUUUGAGUUUUUAAUUGGGCUGUAUGAUCAGUAGUUUGUUUUGAAAAGGCUCUAUGAGCUUUAAGAAACUGCACGGGUUGUUUUUGUUUAAUGUAAUAUAGGAGACCCUCCACCUUCUCAAGGAAUAUAUUCCAAAACACUUUUGUGAAUAUCCACGUUUGUGUAACUACUAGAACAUAAUGCAGUAAUUACAGAAUUUUAAAUGGCUCCUGGAGAGUUAUUAAAUAUCUGGUGAUACUCAGGCAGUGGCAAAGCCACACUGGUUACAGGUGCCAGGCCUUCUAACUCCUCAGUAACUUGUUUGACAUCUUAUCCCAUAUGCUGCUGAGGUCCAACUUAAUGCCUCCGAAAUUGUCAUUUUUAAUUUUUAGCAUAGAUUGGGAACAGUUGAACUCUCUUAAGUCCUCAGAUGCCAGGGGUCUUCUAUAGUAUCAGUAAGUGUUUAGCAGAAACUUAACUCCAUAAUGAAUGGAAUUCAAUUCCACACAUGGUUUGUUCAAGCACACUUAAUAAGUAGCCUAUUUUUUAAAUGUAAAUAUUUGGAUGAAAUUUUUGUUUGUUUUGAUAUAUUCAUUUGCUAUACCAACCUUGGUUUCAGAAUUCACCUUUUGAACAAAUUGGUUUCAGAAUCUGUAAAAUGAACUAAGAAUCUUGUAUAUCCAGCCUGUCACCCAGACAUGUGAGAAUAAUGUGUUUUUCAUAAAGCAUGGAUCUUG